AUGGACAAGGUUUUGGCUGGACUGAAAUGGCAUAUGUGUCUUGUCUAUCUGGACGACGUUCUUGUUUUUGGGAAGACGUUUGAGGAGCACUUGGCACGUCUAGAGCUGGUUCUAACAGCCCUAGAACAAGCAAAUUUGACUCUGAACGUCAAUAAAUGUGUUUUUGGCUCAACCAUGGUGUCUCAUUUAGGACACGUAGUUGAUGCGGAAGGUAUUCGCCCAGAGAGUGAAAAAGUUCGAGCCCUAACGACAAUGCCGGUAACUAAUCUGAAGUCCUUACGCGGGUUUUUAGGUCUUGCUUCAUAUUAUCGACGUUUCAUACCCGACUUUGCAGCCCUUGCACACCCCUUACACUUACUUUUGAAGAAGAAUGCUGGAUGGAGAUGGACCGAGCGUCAAGAAGGCGCAAAGAACAGGAUCGUCGAGCGCUUGACCUCAGCUCCUGUUCUGGCUCAUUUCGAUGACGUUCGGGAAGUCACCAUCCAGACAGACGCAAGUCAAAUCGGGCUCGGGGCAGUAUUGUCACAAGAUGCUGGUGAGGGUCAUCGGCCCGUCUCUUUUAUUAGCCGGAAGCUGAGUGAUGCAGACACGCGCGAUCACGCAAACGAGCUGGAGUAUUUGGCAGUUGUCUGGGCAUUAAAGAAAUUCCGCUUUUACAUUUAUGGUCGACAUUUCAUUGUGAAAACGGAUAGUUCUUCCGUAAAAUGGAUGAUGGGAAAAAAGGAGUUGAAGGGCAAAUUUUCCAGAUGGGUGCUUGAUCUCCAAGAAUUUGAUUUUACCAUUGAGCAUGUCAAAGGCGUAGACAACCAAGUAGCAGACGCCCUGUCUCGGAAUCCGGCGGAGACGAUUGUCGAAACCAACGAUUCUCAGACAGAGGAAACAUUCUGUAUUGCCGUAAAUAUGCCUGAAACUGGCUUAACAUCCAAUGAGGUCGCCCUCUUGCAACAACAAGACGGCCAACUCCGACCAAUUUUCGUUUCCUUGAGUUCCCCAAUUCCAAACAAUAUGUCUCAACGGUUUGUUAUUCGGGUCGGCAAACUUCAACCUAUCGAGCCUCCAUCAUCUCCUUUCCAGCUAAUUGGCAUCGACCAUCUUGGACCCUUCAAAGAAACGCCGAGUGGCCAUCGUCACGUCAUAGUUUGCAUCGAUUACUUGACCAAAUGGGUUGAAAUGGUGCCUGUUCCGGACACAUCAACCAAAUUUGUGACAAUCUUCUUAGAAUCGAACAUACUAUACCGGCACGGAACACCACAAAGGAUAAUUUCCGAUCAGGGAUCAUGUUUUACAUCUGAACUAUUUGAAGAAUGGAUAAGAAAGUGGGGAAUUCAGCAUAUUCAAGCAACAGCCGAACAUCCAGAAACAAACGGCCUGGUGGAACGCGUUAACCGGACUUUAACACUUGCGCUUUGUGCCUUCAUCAACGCACAGCACAAUGACUGGGAUAAGCACCUGGCGGCAGCAGCUUACGCAAUCAAUACUGCGCGUCAAUCAACUACCGAGAUCACACCUUUCGAGCUGGUGAACGGUCGCCAACCAGUCUUGCCCGUCGAACGUCUUUUUCCAUGGCCAGCUGAAGAGCAAGAGAGCCACGUUGAUUUCCUAUCACGGGUUCAUAAAUUAAGAGAAGCCGUACGACUGAGAAUUUUAAAGAAACAACGAGCCGUGAAGGAACGAGUCGACAAACGCAGGAGAGUUCAGUUCGAACUUCUCCCCGGUGACCUAGUCCUCGUCCGUCGCCGGCCACGUAAGAAAGGCCUAACAAAGAAGUUCCUUCCCAAAUUUACCGGCCCGUUUCAAGUCGUCAAAAAAGUAUCGUCUACGACCUUUUUAGUAGAAGACCUGCCCGCUGUAAGAAAAAAAAAAUUCGUUCCGGCAUUUUCAUGCCCACGUAUGCCAAAUUCGUCGUUUCAAUGGUAG